AUGCAAGCAUCAUCUAUCUCUCGGACUGCCAGUUCAGUUGCUACUGUCUCUGCUCUAUUGGGGUCAAAGAGCGACAAGGAAAACAUCCCUCCAGCUUUUUCGAGUCCUCCACAUCCUUCGAUGGUCCGCUACCGUAACCCAGGUAUUAUAGCCUCUGGGCGUACAGAAUCCUCUGCUCGUUCUUCUACUCUUCUUCAGUUGUUGUCCUCUCCAAUGGUCUCUUCACAACCUUUCACAGAAUCUGACCGGCCUCCAGCUUUGGCUUCGUCCUACACUCAUGUCCGGAGACAUCGCGGUAGUGGUAAGGGUAUUCUAUCCGGCGAAAGUGCCUCUUUUAGUGCAGCUGGUGCUGGUAUGAGACACGUUGGUGCCAGUUCUGCUGACCGUUUCAAUCGGAUGACAGAGCUUGUACCCUCGGAUUCUGUAUCUAACCUCGCUAACGAUGGGAACGACGGUGGCGAGCAAGAACGCCGUCGUGAUAUCGAACCGGGCCCCAAGUCUCCGCUCGACUCGACUUGCUCGUUCUCUAUUGCUUCUGAGUUUUCUGGAACACAUCUUCCUGAUCUACCUUCGUUGCCUGAAACAACGCCAUCUCCCAUAAUGGUCCCUCUGGAUUCUUUUCGCCAUAGGGACAGGAUUCAUGGAGGUACUAGGGGUUCGAACGACGGAGUGGAAUCGUGGAAGGAAGAGCGUCUACAUGAUGUGAAAUCCUCAGGGUCUCGGCAAUCACUGACUUUUUUGAGGGAACGAGAAAGGCAACAGAAAGAGAAUCGUCAUACUGGAAGUGCAAAUCAGAACGCGAUGGGCGAUGGGCAAUUGACUAAAAGUGCGAAUCCGACUAGGCAAGGCCCACAUGUGGUUGCGGGGGGAACAGGAACACGUGGAUUGCCAAUCGACGGAAGUUUUGCUGCUGAACUUCGCUCGCUUGUGACCACAGAAGAGUAUAGGAAGUUCGUUAAGGGUGAGCGUCCCA